AUGUUUCUAUACCCCUCUGAAGGCUUCGGGAGUGCAUUGCUACAGAUUUGUCCCGGUAAUACACCAGAGUCGAUCACCCUCCUCCAACUUACCAGCCUGACUCCUUCUGAAAAUCCAAGCAGUGCCAAUUGUGAUACCAUGCCGAGCACCCUGGAGAGUUGGCCAGCAUGGCCUGAAUUCGGGGUUCAGCUCGAGGACACCAAGCGGGAUCCCUGGUUUGCGAGAGCCAAAGCCGAGAUCAUUUCGGAGUAUGGGGAGGAAGCUAUCCGGCAAGGAUGGCUGAAGGCAUGUAAAAGCCUGGAGGAAGUGACCCAAGAAUUGGGCUCGCUUGGGACUAGCGCUAUUCCCAUUUUCGAGAUGCACUCCAUCCUGGACAAUAAGGGCUUCACCGAGGAACAGAAGGACCUGAUGAAGUCACGUGGCUGUUGCAUCGUGAAGAGCGUGCUCUCCGAAGAGGAGGCUACUGCCAAGUACUGUGAUCUGAAGGAAUACAUUGCGCAGAACAAGGACAGCAUCAUGGGCUGGCCUGCAGGUUCGCCAUCCAUCUUCAACCUGUAUAACUCGAGUACCCAAGUAUCGGUGCGAACGCAUCCCAAUCAAAUUCUCCUCCAGAAAAUACUUAACUCACUCUACCACGACACCACAGCGCAAACCAGCCCGGAACCUUUAAGCUACACAGACGCUGCUCGCGUUCGGCCGCCGGGACAGGAGUUCCUUGGCCUUGGGCCACAUAUUGAUGCAGGAAGUCUAGCCCGUUGGGCGGACUACGCCUAUCGCAAGGCCUACCACCAUGUGUUUUCCGGAUUCCCUGAAAAACAUGAUGUCUAUGAUCUCGGAUCCCGCAAGGACGCCAACCAGCAUAAGUUCCCGGCCCGCGCACAUUCCUGUGUAUUCCGGUCCUUCCAGGGCUGGACUGCGCUGACGCCAGCGUCACCAUCAUGCGGCACACUCAUGCUGUAUCCUAACGUCUCUAACGUUAUCGCGUACGUGCUGCUCCGACCUUUCUUCGCCCCGCCAGCCGACGAGAAAGAUGUCAUGGAUGCGAGCAAGUGGACAUUCGACCCCACCUUGGACUACUUUCCUGGCACGAUGGUGGACCAGAGCCAGAGACUAAGCAUCUCAUCACACCCUCAUCUCCGUCUUCAAGAUACCUUGAUAUACAUCCCCAAGAUCAACCCCGGAGACACGGUUUGGUGGCACACUGAUAUGUGUCACGCCGUCGAUCCGAUGCACAACGGAACCAUAGAUGCUAGCGUGGUUUACGUACCAGCCUGCCCUACCACCAACAUCAACAAAGGCUACGUAAAAAGGCAGCUCGAAAACGCGCUGAAUGGGUUACCCCCUCCUGAUAGGAUUGGCGUGGAGCUGGACGAAAGAAAACUGAAUGGUUACAAGGGCUUUGACGACGUGUCGGAAGAGGGCAAGGCCGCAUUGGGCUUUGCUUUGUUAUAG